AUGGCGCGGGCCGCCGCCGGCGCCUCCCCCGGUCUCCCCCCGGGCGGCGCGCGCCAAUCGGCGGCGGCGCUGCGCCUUCAAGUGAGAAGAGUUGGGCGCCGGGCUCCUUACUACGGCGCCAGCGACAUUUUGCAGGCGGCGGCGGCGUUGGCUGGCCAGCACCCGGCGCUCUCCUACUCGUACUCGCAGGUGCAGGGCGCGCACCCCGCGCACCCCGCCGACCCCAUCAAGCUCAGCGCCGGCACUUUCCAGCUGGACCAGUGGUUGCGCGCGUCCACCGCAGGCAUGAUCUUGCCCAAGAUGCCCGACUUUAAUUCACAGGCGCAAUCGAACCUGCUCGGGAAGUGCCGCAGGCCGCGGACGGCCUUCACCAGCCAGCAGCUGCUGGAACUCGAACACCAGUUCAAACUCAACAAGUACCUGUCGCGGCCCAAGCGCUUCGAGGUGGCCACGUCGCUCAUGCUCACGGAGACCCAGGUGAAAAUCUGGUUCCAGAACCGGCGGAUGAAAUGGAAACGGAGUAAAAAGGCCAAAGAACAGGCUGCGCAGGAGGCCGAGAAGCAGAAGGGCGGGGGCGCCGGAAAGGGAGGCGGGGGCGGCGGCUCGGAAGAGAAGGAGGACCCGGAGCUGCUGGGGCCACCGGCCUCUGCGGAGAAGGGCAGCGGACGCCGCCUCCGGGACUUGAGGGACAGUGACCCCGAGGAGGAUGAGGACGAAGACGACGAGGACCAGUUCCCAUACAGCAACGGCACCAACACCAAUGCCCCCUCCUCUGACUGCUCCUCCGAGGACGACUCGCCACACACUCGGCCUGGUGGCCCUGGGCACCAGCCCCCGCCGCAAUAGGAGCUUCCUGCACGACAGGGACUAAGGGGCUCCGAAAGGGCCUCCACAGCGGGCACCCAAGUCCAAGGCUCAGGGCAGGUGGG